CCCCGCCACUGUCCCGGCCCAGCUGGCCCUUUGGCGGUUCGACCGUGGGCUGUGCGGGGAGGGUUUGGUGGCUCAUGAGUGCCAGUGUUGGGCUGGAAAUAGUGAAUAAUCCCCCUGCUGUCACUCCCCCGCCGCUCUCCGGCAUCGCCGAGCUGUAGGGGGGCGGUUGCUGGCGGGGGCCGGCUUCAGGAUGAAGCUCCCGGGGACGGGCCUGGCUCACCCGCUGCUGUUGAGUUUUCCCCCUUUCGAAUAACGGGAUCCCCUUGAUGGGACAGGAGGGGGACACCCCCUCCUCACCGAAGGUGCCCCGGGGGUGCUUGUGGAUGAGCUGUGCCUGGUGUCCCCCUAGUUUGGGGGGAGCCAGUCCCACUUGAGGGUUUCACAUAGUUACAGCAGCGUUUUCUGGGCAAAAAAAGAGGGUGUUUCCCCCCCCGCGAGUGCCACCAAGAAGGGCAAAAUCCCACCCCUUUCUCCUGCCCGCUUGUCCCCGAGUGUGGCAUAAGGGCAGCGAGGAUGCUAGUAGCCUGUGGGGCAUGGGUUGCGCUGCCCUCCCAGUCGCUCCUUUAGGCCAGCCCGUUUGUCCCGCAGUCCGAGGCCCUGUGCGGCGAGCAGCGCAGCAGAUCCCCGAGGAGAUCCUCAGUAACGCGGAGCUGCGGGAGGCGGCAGAGGCUCUGCCCCGAAACUACAACUUCGAGAUCCCCAAGACCGUCUGGCGGAUCCGGCAGGCUCAGGCCAAGAAGGUGGCCCUGCAGAUGCCAGAGGGGCUCCUCAUGUUCGCCUGCACCAUCGCAGACAUCGUUGAGCGGUUCACGGACGCAGAGGCAGUGGUGAUGGGCGACGUGACCUACGGCGCAUGCUGCGUGGAUGACUACACGGCCCGGGCCCUGGGCGCUGACUUCUUGGUGCACUACGGACACAGCUGCUUGAUUCCCAUCGACGCCACACAGGGGCUGAAGAUGCUCUACGUGUUCGUGGACAUCAAGAUCGACACAUCCCAUUUCCUCGAGACCAUUCGCUUCAACUUUGCAGCGGGCACCUCCCUGGCCCUCGUCAGCACCAUCCAGUUCGUCUCCACCGUCCAGGCAGCAUCGCAGGAGCUGCGCUCCCAGUACAAGGUGUGUGUGCCCCAGUGCAAGCCGCUAUCCCCAGGGGAGAUCCUAGGCUGCACGUCGCCCCGGCUCGCCCAGGACACAGAUGCCAUUGUAUAUUUGGGCGACGGGCGCUUCCACCUGGAGUCCAUCAUGAUCGCUAACCCGGGGAUACCCGCCUACAGGUACGAUCCCUACAGCAAGGUCUUCUCCCAGGAGCACUACGGCCACGAGCGCAUGCGCCGCGCUCGGCAGGAUGCCAUCGCCACCGCUGCCGGCGCCCGCUGCUGGGGACUCAUCUUGGGCACGUUGGGGCGCCAGGGCUCCCCCGGCAUCCUGCAGCACCUGGAGUCACGUCUCCGCGCCCUGGGCCGGCCCUUCGUGCGGGUGCUGCUGUCCGAGAUCUUCCCCAGCAAGCUGCGGCUCUUCCCUGACGUGGACGCGUGGGUGCAGGUAGCCUGUCCCCGGCUCUCCAUUGACUGGGGAGAAGCCUUCAGCAAGCCGCUGCUGACACCCUACGAGGCCGCGGUGGCUCUCCGGGACGUCGAGUGGCAGCAGCCGUACCCCAUGGACUUCUACGCCAGCCAGUCCCUGGGGCCAUGGACAGUGAACCACGCCGGCACACAGCCCCCGCGCCACAGCCGGACGGCCCAGGGGACGCCGCCCGCGCCCCCCACCCCGGCAGAGGGUGAGGAGAGGCCGAGCACCGGGGGCACAGCAGCCUCCUGAGCGCAGCCUGCACCCCGUCCUGCUGCCGCCACCCUCCAGGACCCGGCGUGGAUACAGGCGGGAGGCGCCGCCACCCCCUCUCCCCCCGAGGGUAAGCACCACCGGGGCCUUCCGGUGCCGGCGCCAGGAUGAAUGAGGGC